AUGUUAAAGCCAACGGACAUUUGGCGGGAACGGCAGUCAAGAGCUUUGCGUCUGCCGCUCGCUAUGGCGUCUCAAGGCUUAUCUUCGUGGCUCAGCGGCUCCAAGUCUGAGGCCUCGGACGCUACGGAUGGUUCGGACUCGCAGCCGCAGGACAAGAGCAAACCCACAGCCAGUUCCAGCGACUCACCAUUGGACAUCAGUCUCUCCCAGCUGCGCGCCAAAGAGACCAUCACGCGCAUCAGCCCUGAGAAGCGCUCGCUCGUGGAGGAGAUCGACAGCGAGGCAGAUGACACGGAGUUCGACGAGAGAGCGCAUUGGGCCAGACGCGGCUCCAGGAAGAAGGCCAGGGCGUCACGGCGAGCCGCGGCUCUGGAUAAGUCACAACCUUCAAUCGCUCUCUUCUGCGUCAAGGAGAAGGAGACAGCAGUAGACAAACAGGAUGCAAAUGUAGAGGAAAAUCCAGUGACCAAUGCUAUUGCAGUGUCGCAAUCGGAGAAGAAGGAGAGCAAGAACAGAAGCAGGAAGAAGAAGAUAGAGAGCUUUAGUCUCGAAUUGGACUCGGCAAUGGAGGAUGUUGCUGCUGUAAUGAGCUCGGGACGACCCAAACGUCAGGCAGUUGUACGAGCACAGAUCUUGCAGCAGCAGCAGAAGCUACUGGACGCUGUCGCUGCUAGGAAGAAUCCUACUUCAUUCCUAACACCACCACCGGCCACUAAGAAAGCAACAGCAGAGGGGAACGCCACGACUAGUGGACGCAAGAGAAAAUUGGACAUGAACAAGAAGAAAACGUCCCCACCUUCGAAGAACGGAUCCACGACCAGCUCACCUGGAGCUAACAAGGCAGCACAGUCAUUCUUCUUAAGUGAGCAGGAAAAGAAGCAGAUGCAGGAGAUCGAGGCCGUGUCAUUGUUCCGUGAACAACUUCGACAGACGCGCGAGAAAGAUCUCGCUUUCUUCGCUGGGAAGACAGCAAACCCGUUCUUUCAGGCCCGCUCCACUACCAAGCGAAGUAGCAGUGCUGAAAACGAUAAUGGAGUUGUUGAAAUCAACGAAGAUGGGGACAGUUACGAAGGGAAACAUCGACGUGGUACAACUGGGGGUCGAUGGAGUAAGGCAUUGCCACUAUUUCCGAGGGUGCAGCACGUUUUAACCGUUCGUCUGGAUGAAGAAGACAUGGACACAAACACCAAUGAUCUAAUACCUCCAAGAAAAGCGGACAGCUCUGUAGAUGUAGUAGUUAUUGAAGACGAUUCAGCACCAGACGGCAGGUUGUCCAAUGAAGUCAUGGCUCAGCUACGAGCAGCCAUGAAUGGCCAGGUCUGUACGGAAUCCUCGUUUUCGGAGCAGUUUUGGUUCCGAGAGUACUUGGAUGCCUCCAGUCUUCCAGCUGAGGUGAACGAGACAAUCGAUGUGACUUCCCCUCGUUUUGAGAAUGCAGAGGCGGCAGCAACGAAACUGGCAGAAAAGGAAACGUUGCUUAUUGAUGAAUUGGUCGAAGCUCACGGCUUGCGCGAGAAGCAAGUUCGUGAACUACUGGAAGGACUGGAACAAGCCAGAGCAAAACGCUUGGAUCGCAAACAGAAUUUGUCUUUGGUGGAUCGCUACUUACCUGUGAAUGUUAGUGGUCUAGUGGGGAAUCAUGAGUCGCUUCACACGCUGUCAUCGUGGCUGAGUGCUUGGAAAAUUGGUGGAGGUGACAGUGAGAGACUGGAUUGCUUUGCAUCGGAGCUCUUUACCUUUGAGGACGGCGACAGUGACAGCGAAGACGAGGUUGGUGACUUGUGUCGACUGUUCAUUCUAGAGGGCGAGUCGGGCUCUGGUAAAUCUGCUGCCGUCUACGCUUGUGCUGAGGAAUUAGGCUACGAAAUCAUCGAGAUCAACGCGGCUCAGAAUCGCUCCGGCAAGAGCGUCGUGGAACUUUGUGGCGAAGCUACUCAAUCCACUCGAGUGCUGCACAUAGGCGGCAAGGACGACAAGAGCAAGAAGAAGCACAAGAAGAAACGCAGACGACAAUCCGAGGGUCGAAAAAGUUUGGAGAAACCCACAGUAGCAUCGUUGUCGCUCGUGCUAUUUGAGGAUGUGGAUCUGGUUUUCGACGACGACAAGGGCUUCCUCAAUGCUGUUUGCUCCAUCGCCAAGCAUUCCAAGUGUCCUAUUGUAGUAACGUGUGCGCAGCUGCCUGAUGCGUUUCCCGUAAAGCCUGGACGACUGUGUCGUGAGCUUCAGAAGCCUUCGAUGGACGAGUUUACGACUUGGAUGCGCCUUGUGGCGUUCAUUGAAGGGCUUCAGUUAGCGCCUUCUCUCAUUAACGCGUUGGGCGAGUUCUUUGAGCGGGAUGUGCGACGUUCACUGCAUUUUCUAGAGGCGAAUCUGCCAGUGUCGGAUGCAAGGACAAAGACGCAGUGGCGUUGGCAGCAUGGAGACACAAACAAGGAAGACGAGGUCUCACACGUUGAUGUCCCUGCUUGGACUGUUUGGUCCACAGGAGGCUCAUCAUUCGAUGCUCUAACCAGUAAUUUACUGGCCGAACUUGCAGCUGGUGAAGCGGAGAGCAAGAAACCAGAGGAUAAAAGUCGCGACGAAAAACUGGAGGAUAUUAACGCCAUCUCCGAGUUAGCGCAGAUCACGGACUCCGCUUCAGUUGCGGAUACUUGGAUGACAAGAACUGACGAUGACAUCGAGGAUUCCUUCUUCCUCUGCGAGCGCGAACGUCUCGCUGCAUUAGAGUUGAGACGCUCCAGUCUUUACAUGUUAAACUCUUCGACGAGCUCUCUUGCUGCGUCAUUGAUGCGAAGCCAAGGACCUUCUUCUUCGGAAUGCGUUCAGCGGACAUUGGACAGCGCCCUGGAAGCCACACGUCGACGUUCUCAUCAAGCAGAUUUGGCACGGCUGAAGGCAAAGUUCGAGUUGCCGCUGGCAUAUAAAGGCUGCGGGAACUCAGAGCCACGAUUUAUGCUCGACUACAUGCCGAUGGUGGGGCGUUUACUGUGUGGUACCGGUUUGCAGGAAGGACGGCGACGGACAUCCAGACGCAAUCACUAUUUAGGCGACGUGUUGGGGGACAUGAGCGUCAUCGACGAGCUGCCAGCCUUCAACACGUACUUACAGGUCCACGAGGACCAAAUGGUCGCUGCGUCCCCGGCGUCCACGCAGUGA